AUGGGUAGAAAUCCGGAGUAUUGGAAAAAUCCAGAAGAAUUUUUUCCAGAGAGGUUCAAAGAUAGCUCCAUCGAUUUCUCGGGGAAUCAGAAUUUUGAAUACACGCCUUUUGGGGGAGGUCGUCGGAUUUGCCCUGGAAUGAACACGGCAGUUGUGUUAGUAGAGCUUGUCCUCGCCAACGUAUUGUACAGUUUCGAUUGGGAAUUUCCGAAAGGAUUAAAGAACGACUUAAACAAGGAGGAGCUAGCAGGCCUAGGAAGUAGAUAUCCACUUGAUCUUGUACCCAUCAAGCAUGUGGUCAAGAAAUCUGAAUAA